AUGGCUUCAAGUACAUCAGGAACUACAAAACAAGCAGAGCCAAGGCCAGUCGCCGGCAGCCCUGUUGGUUCCUCCGAAUCUUCCGUCCCUGAGAAGCGCAAAAGACCGUCAAAGGCUCGCAAAAACAAACCUGUAAACGCAGCUGUCACUGAAUCAACAAACUUAAACCCUGGACCGUCGAGGAAAUCAAAUAAACCAAAAAAAUCACCAUCACCAGCAGGCCCAAAACCACAAAAGGCCACAGGUAACUCCAAAAACAAGCAUGUUCACAAACCUCGUGAUGUGGAUGUGACUAAAGACUACAAGUAUCUACAAAUCAAGAAGCUCAUUCGGAAGUUCAAGCCAGUGACAAUAAAUGGACUUCCGAUGAAAAACAUCGCCCAACUGGCCGACGAACCAGACGAGGCCAAGGCCUUGGAUGCGUACCUUCAGAGGUUUAUCAAGAACCAGCUGGACCAAGCUAUAUACCUUUCAUUCAUCGUUAUACCAUCAGAUCCCGAUUUCCCUUUUGACUUGGACAGUUUGAAGGUCAGUUUGUGUAUACCUGCAGAGUAUCCCCAUCGGCAGGUAAUUCCAUCGAUCUACGUCCUCAAUGACGAGAUUCCCCGGGGGUUUGCUGCAAAUAUAGAGCUUGGGUUUAAGAGAAUCACUUCUUUAGCAGCAGGUAAACCAUUACCGUCACCAGAAGGAGAACUAGAGGAACAGAUCCAACUUGUAGACGGCAAAGGCCUUCUUUCGCAGGUAUUGACACUCGACCGGUUUCUUGAGGUGUUUUUGAAGCAAGAAAAGCGGAAAACCAUCAAGUUCGUCAAGGGGAAACCUUCUAAAGGAUCAAAGCUGACGUCGGUUUCAGGUUCCCCUUCACCGUCGCCAGCCCCUACCCCCGUGCAGCAGGUCCAUGCGGUGCCGGUGGACGAAAACAAACGGAACCAGCUUCUCAAACAGCUCCACCAAAAAUUGAAGGCUGAUAUCAAGCUUUUCAACCGGUCUAAACUAUAUACCAAGUACAAAAUAUUUGUACCCGUGUACAUGGCGGAAGACUUACCACAAACAUGGGUAGACAGAGGUAAGAUCGAGAUUCUCAUAACUGUGCCCCUAGAGUAUCCAAGCCGAAGUGUAACGCUCGAGGUGCCUGGUCAAUUUCUGAAUGCUACCGGUAAUUAUGUCCAGUACGAGACUAACCUCAUACGAAACUUCGAUGAAUUCCAGGCACACGGGGCUGCGGGCGCCAGUGAAAAUCUCGUGGCACGUAUAAACUACUUGGCCAACCACUUAAACGUAUUCUGUAUGGACCCUGCCGCCUACCGGCUGUACACUGAGCUCACGUCACAGUUCGGAUCGGCUUUAUCUGUAUAGCCAAAUAAAACUUCGCGGUGCGCACAAAAUA